CGCCACCCCUUAGCCACGCUGCAGAAGAAGGGACCCACGCCGUGGUCAUGGAUACGCGACCCGCGCUCUACCUGCGCCUCCUCGCUCUGGCGAUAAUGCUGGGGGUCCUUGCAGGUUACAGAAACCCCCAGAUUGACUUCAAAGAGAAAUUUUUUGAGCAGUGGCUAGAUCACUUCAACUUCGAAACCUACAGCAACAAAACUUUUGCCCAGAGAUACCUCAUCACAGAUAAAUACUGGAAGAGGGAGGCUGGACCCAUCUUCUUCUACACCGGGAAUGAAGGAGAUGUCUGGGCCUUUGCUCAGAACAGCGGCUUCAUCCUGGAGCUAGCUGAGCAGCAGAAUGCCCUGGUGGUCUUUGCGGAGCAUAGAUACUAUGGGAAGUCGCUUCCAUUUGGGGCAGCGUCAUUGCAGAGGGAAAACGCUGGCCUUCUGAGUGUGGAGCAAGCCCUCGCUGACUAUGCAGUUCUCAUCAUGGCACUGAAGAAGCAGUACGCAGCGCAGGACUCCCCUGUCAUUGCAUUUGGAGGCAGUUACGGAGGGAUGCUGAGUGCCUACAUGAGAAUGAAGUAUCCCAACAUAGUGGCUGGCGCUCUAGCUGCCAGUGCCCCUGUGUUGUCUGUGGCUGGGAUUGGAGACUCCAAUCAGUUCUUCAGGGAUGUCACAGCGGACUUUCAGAACUACAGUCCGGACUGUGCCAAGGCUGUACGAGAAGCAUUUAGGCAAAUCAAAGACCUGUACCUGGCUGGAGCUUACGAGAAGAUCAGCCAUGGGAUGUCUACAUGCCAAAAGCUUUCGUCUAAGGAUGAUGUCUACCAGCUCUUCGGAUUUGCCCGGAAUGCCUUCACCAUGAUAGCCAUGAUGGACUACCCUUACGAGACGGACUUUAUGGGCCAUUUCCCAGCAAAUCCUGUCAAGAUUGGCUGUGAGCUGAUGCUGCUGAACAAGGACCGGAUCAGGGGCUUGGCAGCUCUUAGUGGGCUGUUCUAUAACUCCACUGGGAUAGUUCCAUGCUUCAAUAUUUACAAGUUGUACCAGAAAUGCGCUGACCCCACAGGUUGUGGCACAGGAUCAGACGCCUCUGCAUGGGACUAUCAGCUGCUGAAGCAUCACUUCUUUCUUCAGGCCUGCACUGAAAUCAACUUAACCUUCAACAGCAACAACGUGACCGACAUGUUCCCAGAGAUCCCCUUCACGGAUGCUGCCAGGGAACAGUACUGCUUUCAGAAAUGGGGGGUUCUCCCUCGGCCUUCAUGGCUAUGGACAAGCUUCUGGGGUGGUGAUCUGACUGCUGCAAGCAACAUCAUCUUCUCAAACGGAGACUUGGAUCCCUGGGCCAGUGGUGGAGUUAGAAAGAACCUGAGCUCCUCGUUGAUAGCGAUAUUUAUCAAGGGAGGUGCCCAUCACCUAGAUCUCAGGGGUUCCAACCCAGCCGAUCCACCUUCAGCCAGAGAGGCUCGUCUCCAAGAAGCAAACAUCAUCCGUGACUGGGUCAAGGCAGCAGCUGGGGCCUCGAAAUAGCUCACUCCCAACUACUAUCCAGCCAGACUUUAGCAGGAGUAAUCAAGGCAGCAUUUGGGUACCAAAACCAGCUAGGAGUCCUGCCUACAGUUUGCCAGUUGGUUGUUGGGCUGCUGAGUCAAUGACUCUUCUCUGCAACAGGAUUGUAAAAACAAGAAUAAAACUAUAUGCAUUGUUGGUGGGGUUGCACUAAAAUUAAAAAAUUUUGGGGAGAGGUUUAUGAGGAAUUAAAAAAGAUAGUUAAGGUCACCUUUAAGAAAAAACCGGAAUAUUUUCUGUUAAGUUUUCUCCCGGAUAAUCUUCCUAAGGAUAGAAGAGAUAUCUUCCUUUAUGGGUGUGCGGCAGCACGUUUAUUGAUAGGUCAGAAGUGGAAAAAAGAAGAGAUUCCUGGAAUAACAGAAUGGCAGAUAAGAUUAGUCGAAUUUAUGAACUUGGACAAAAUGACUGCCGCUAUAAGAAAUACAUCGAAGCAAAAAUUGAUAAAAAAAUGGGAAUAUGUAGAGGAAUAUUUUAAAAAAAAGAAUGUUAAAACGGAAUUAAGGGUCUGUCUUAGCUAGAGGAGUACAGGGAUUUGUUUUAAAGAAGCUAUAAGAUAUGAAGAAAGUAAUAUGUUUAUGAUAUUUGUAAUGAAAUGACAACACAAGAUUAAGGGGAAUAUGAGAAUCAAGCAGUACGUCAGGAGUUGGGAAGUGAUCUUAUAUGUGUGGAUUUGUUGUACAGAUAUUUUUUCUUUUUAUGUAUUUGUAAUGUUUUUAAUGGAAGAUUCAAUAAAGUUUGUUUUUAAAACUUAAAAAAAAAAAAAAAACAAGAAUAAAACUGGAGAGAUUCCCUCAGGAGCUCUGUCCUGCUUUGUUGGUUUCCUGAACAUUGGAUUGGGUCCAGGUAUACAUGAGACAUUAUUUCCUAAAGUGAGCCUGCCAGCUCUCUCCGGAGAAAGGAACUGCUCUCGCUAGCUGAGGCUUUCAAGCUCACUCGUCUCCUGUGUUGUUUUAAAGCAGGCAAAUUGCCAUUGCUGAGAAGAACAAGAACAGCCUGUGUCUUAAUGGAGCUUAUAACUGACCCCAAGGCAAGUAUGUUGAUUAUUCUACCCUCUCACUGAAAUGGCUUGGAAUAAGCUCAGGCCCCCACACACCGUCAGACUGUUGGCCCGUCUAGCCCAGUACUCCAUUGUUCCCCCACAUCUCGGGCCCAUUACCUGCCCCCUGUUCAAGGGUUGAACCUGGGGACUUCUGCGUGUAAAGCAGGUGUCCUGUGACACAGCUAUGCCCCCCACCACGAGGGUGUUCCCAGUCAGCCUUAAAAGAACACAUGGAUGGGCAUUGCUCUCUAGCUGUUCUGUGGACCAUUGGUGUCAAUGAGUUUUGUUUUGUUUUGUUUUUGGUCACUGCCUACAGCUUGACUGGAACAUGGCACCUAUGCCCCAUUUAGUUCAGUGCAAGAUCAAGCAAAGUCAGGCGCUGAGCUGCCCGGAGGGAGUGAUGAUGCAUAAGCAGUAAACCAGAACACAGAAAAAACAGCGUCUCAAAAUAAAUUACAAGUUUAUUAAAGUGGAAUAGGAUUCUGUGGAUUAGCUGGACUAAAUACAAUGGGGUUUUUUAUUUAAAUCUUAUUUAAGAUAUAUCUCUUCCACCUCUUAAAAAGGUGAAGUACACCUAAAAUCAUUUGCACAUUCACGAUGGGAUGGGGUCCGUCUAUGUAACAAACAGGGUGGACCAGAUAACAAACACAGCAAGGCUUCGUUCUUUUCUUCUUCUUUGGCAGGGGAAGAGAAGGAAGGCAGUCAGCUUUAAAGCAGCUGCAUGGGAAAAGGGAAUAGGCCAAGUCUUGGAAGCUCCUCCACCCUGCAGCUCCUGUACCAAACGGGGGAGUAAACACAGCAGCAACUCAGCAUCUAGGCGUGAGGUUUGGUGGCUGGAAGAUCUGGCCUUCACUUCCUAUCAGUUUGCAGCAAGUUGCCAACUAGACUCCUGGUUGUUCUUUCUCUUGUUCGGAGGAGGAGGGUGGGCAGCUCGCGUUUCCCCUCCUUUAAGACAUUGGAGAAAGAACUGGCAAUAUUCAUCAGCAGCAUUUCACAGUAAGACAUGUUCCUAUUCACAACACUGUACCCAUAACCCACCUGCCUACUCAUAACCAUGGAAGAUUAAACAUGGAAUGUUUGCAGACCUGUGGCAUUGCAGAGUGAGAAAAAUGACAAUACACUUUUUUUUUUGGAAGUGCUUUGAAAAAAAGAGAGAAUGAAGAGGAUUUGGCUUUUGUGGGGAGCUGUGAAUAUUCUGCAUGUGAGGGGAGUGAGAAUUCAGGAUUCUGCACCAGCAAAAGCCGCAUUCUGCAGGUGCAGCUCAUUUGUUCUGCUGUUACGUCUCUGGGUGGAGGCCCAGGAGUCGGACAGCGUGUUCCAGCACGGUAGGUUGCUCAGUGCCAAAAAGACUCCACCUUGUGCCUGGCUACCUGCAUGUUACCAAGGGAUACAUCAGCACCUGUCUACCAGCUUCUGCCUCCUUCCUAGAGAAAGCGCUCGCCUCCAGCUCCUAGACCCACUCGCCCCCUCUUUACCCUUGGGUGCAGCAGGCCCCAGUGCAAAGUUUAAGCGUUGGCCUUCCCGAGACGGGGCAACUUUUCAGCUUUAGAAUAUGGCUUUUAAAUUCCAGGGUGCACUUGGGUGAGGAGAGUGGGGAACAGGAACACCACAGUAUUCUAAAUUGUACACACAAACACGCACACAUAAAUCUUUCUCGGACUAAUGUUCCAGUACUGCCCAGGGCAGGCAGGGUCAUGUGGCUUGUGACUGCUUUUCUGCUGCCACUCGGGAGACACUGCCCUACAACCAGGAAGACAGGCUUCAGGUAAAACAACUGGCACCCAGUGCCUUCCUCUGAAAACCCAUGGUUUCAGCAGCAAAAUUUGGAGUUAUUAAUCCUUAUCAAUUAUAUCGCACUUUUUAUCUCCGAGAUCCUAACCACCAUCCUUCAAGGUAGAGCUGCUGCAAUCCAUGCACUUUUGCAGGGAAACCUGAGGCUGAGACUAUACCUAGCAGUGGUGAGACUUGAACUGGAUCACUACCUGCAGGCUCUUGUCCACUGCGCUGCUCCAGCUAUUAAGUCAGAACCCAAACCUCAGUCUCUGGAAACUUGCUUUUUGAUUGGAAAGUCUUAUGACAAGUUGUUGUUGUGCAUCUCUUGUCAUGGGCAAAGCGAGUCCACCACCACCAACACGUGCCAGAUUUGAUAUGGCUCGCAAAAGACACUCUGAACUGAUGUCACAAUUCUAAAAAAGAAAAGACAAGUAGGAUCUACCAAGAACAUCAUUCAUUGCAGGAAAUUCUCAUGUGCCAGUCCAAGCUCUGCUCUCUUAUUCAUUCCGACGUCGAUGCCACAGGGCAUCUUCCCACUAAUUUGUUACCCUUGAUAUUUAAAGAAUUU